UCAAAUCACAACGGCGGCGACGCGCAGAGAGGACUUACGUAAAAAUUCUUCCAGACUCUUUUAACGGCUAAAAGUCGCUUUUAUUCGCGGCCAGUCGGUGCGGAGACGCUACAGGUUGAGGAAUAUGAAAAGCUGUGACAGUUUACUGAUGUCUCACCGACGUUUGUUGUAGCUAAAUCGGGGAAAAGUACUUUUUUACACCAAGCUAGCUCCGAGUUGUGAAGCAGCCGAGAGGACCGAGCGGCUCUGACCGACUCACUGCCAGCUUCGCCUCGCCGUUUCUCGGGGCAUGUGAGCCUCCUGUUACCGGGACCGACAGAGAAACAGGGAUAAAGCCACUUUUCUUUUUUGUUGUUGCUGUUUGCUCCGAAGUGACCAUGAUGCCGAACACGGCGCUUUACGCGGCGAAGAAACGGAAGAAGCCGGUCCAGAAAAUACCCAAACCUCAGCCUCCUGAUGGCGCUAAGACCAACCCGUCCAAACGCCACCGCGACCGUCUCAACGGCGAGCUGGACAAGCUCACCAGCCUGCUGCCCUUCACCGAGGACGUCCGGGCUCGGCUGGACAAGCUGUCCGUCCUCCGCCUCAGCGUCGGCUUUCUGAAGGUCAAGAGCUUCUACAACGCCACCUUGAAGGCGAGUCAGAGCAGCUCCAGCUGGACCAGCGAGCGAAGCCUGAUGUUUGGAGGAAGCUCCCAGAAUGCCGCUGUGCCUCCGUCCUCCUCCUCCUCCUCCUCCACUUCCUCCUCCUCUGUCCAGCCUCCGUCCGCUGUGGUGACGUCCAUCGACGGAGUCAGCUUCUCUGAGGGAGACCUGCUGCUCCAGGCGCUCAACGGCUUCGUGUUGGUGGUGACGGCUGAAGGUUACGUCUUCUACACGUCUCCAACCAUCCAGGACUUCCUGGGCUUCCACCAGUCGGACGUCAUCCAUCAGAGCGUCUUCGAGCUGAUCCACACCGACGACCGAGCUCUGUUCAGACGACAGCUUCACUUCUCUCUCAACCCCAGCCAGGACAGCAGCUCCAACCCCAGUGACCAGAGCAGCACUGAGAUCACCAGCAACCUGAUCAACUACGACCCACAGACCAUCCCUCCAGAAAACUCGUCCUUCCUGGAGAGAAACUUCUGCUGCCGUUUCCGCUGCCUCCUCGACAACUCCUCCGGCUUCCUGGCGCUGAACUUCCGCGGCCGCCUGAAGCUCCUCCACGGCCAGAACCGGGUGUCGGAGGACGGGACGCUGGUUCCCCCGCAGCUCGCUCUGUUCUCCAUCGCCACGCCGCUGCAGCCGCCGUCCAUCCUGGAGAUCCGCACCAAAACGCUCAUCUUCCAGACCAAACACAAGCUGGACUUCUCGCCGCUGGGCAUCGACACCAGAGGGAAGGUGGUUCUGGGUUACAAUGAAGUGGAGCUCUGCAUGCAGAAUUCUGGCUACAGCUUCCUCCACGCCGCCGACAUGAUGUACUGCGCCGACAACCACAUGAGAAUGAUGAAAACCGGAGACAGCGGCUUCACCGUCUUCAGGCUGCUGACCAAAAACCGGUCGUGGAUCUGGGUCCAGGCCAGCGCCAGGGUGGUCUUCAAAGGAGGGAAGCCGGACUUCAUCGUGGCCCGGCAGAGAGCUCUGACAAAUGAAGAAGGAGAAGAGCAGCUUCGCCUCAGACGGCUGCAGCUUCCGUUUAACUUCACCACCGGCGAGGCGGUUCUGUACGACACGACUCCGACCGUGGAGAUGCCCGACCCGUGCUCGGCUCCCAAGCAGAGGAAGCUGGACGACUACACCGUCAGCCGAGACUCCCUGCUGGGCUGCAUGCUGAGCCAGGACCAGUCCAUCUACUGCGAAAACAACGCCAACACCCUCAGCUCGCUCAACGACGUGGCCUUCAAGGACACCCACGCCACCGUCAACGUCCCCGGAGACAUGGCGCCUAAACCGGCCGUCGGAGGCCUGAUGAAGGCGGAGGCCACGAUGCAGGACAUGAUAGAGACACUGCAGCAGAUCCUGGGGGACAGCGAGCUGACGGAGACGGUGGACGUGGGACCGGAGGAGCUGAAGACAUGGGAGAGCGCUCUGCUCAAGAUGAACUUCAGCAGCUGCGAGUUCAGCGAGGACCUCAACGACAUCAUCAGCAACGACAUCCUGACCUAUGUGGAGGAGCAGCUCCAGAAGGAGGGUGGCUUCAGUCUGCCCGACCAGCUGGACGACAUUCCCUGCCUGUCCUCUCUGGACCUCCAGAACCAGGACCCUGAUCAGCCCGGGGAGCAGACCUUCAGCUGGCCUCUGGAGCCCCAGAACCAGCUGAUGCCAAGCGGAGGGCACGGGAUGGUGCCUCGGCCGGCUCCGGCUCUGGGAUCCAUGAAACUGAGCCACAUGGACUUCCCUCAGCUGAGCUCUGCCAGGUUAAACGGUCCGAGCAUUCAGCAGAACCUUCAGCAGAGCCUUCAGCAGAGCCUUCAGCAGAACCUUCAGCAGAACCUUCAGCAAAGCCUUCCUGCUCCUCUGCAGCUGGGCGCCGCCGGAAACAUCGGAGGUCUGGCGACUUUUAACCCGUCUGUGGUGGACUCCUGUCAGGUCAACAAGGACAACAGCCUCGGAUCUUUCUCCCACCAGAUUCAUCCCAACCAGAUGGGCCAACCGAUGCAGAACAAUCUCCAGAUGAGGAACCAGCCGAUGGGCCUGCAGGACCAGAACACAGGCAGACAGUUUGAUCCUGUGUUCGGCUUCCAGGGCAGCGGGUGGAAUCCUCCGCUGUCCAACCAGGUCGACAGCUUCGUAGAAACAUUCGCCCCCAGUAUUUCAAAUGAAGCGGGUUUUUCUGGCCCGUCGUCGUCCGGCUGCUUGCAGGGUCACUUUGCUCUGCAGUCUCAGAGCGCUGACACUCAGAGACAGUCCUGGUCUCUGGAGCAGCAGCUGCUAACAUCUGGACACCAACAGAUGGGCUCCUGCCUCAGCCAGGUCUCAGGAGACGUCAGGCCGCCGUUCAGGACUGCUGAGACCUCUGGUGCUUCAUUUCCUCAUCAGCAGGACUCGGAGGCGUCGUCUUCUACAAGCUGUAUGUUCACAAACCCAGCGCUGCCCAGAAACAGAGUUCACCUCAACCAGGCCCGGAUCAACCCGGCCACCAACCAGAUCGCCUCCAAGCCUUCCUGUUUCUACGAGGCGCUGCCCGGAGGCGGAUCCAUGCCGGUGAUGGCGGCCGUCCCAAACCCCGACGAGGCGUCUCUGUCCUGUCAGAUGGCGGCUGGUCUGAACCCCAACGGCCUCCUGGUGCAGCAGCAGCAGCAGUUUCUGAACUUCAGCGAACAGACGCAGAUCAACAACCAUCCGGUCGUGGGAAACGGAGGCUUUCCGUUCUCGUCGCUGCCUAAUGGGAACACCUGCUACUCGGAGAACAAAUAAGGAAAACGUCCGGACGGCAGAACGUGGCUUUAACAGAAACGAAAGACUCUAAAACAGAACGUGGAGCAGACUGAAGAACAAGAAUGUGCCUGAAAAGGACGAGGAGACGCAACAAGACGCCUCUCUGCCUCUUUUUAUUAUUAUUAGUUAUUUUUCUUAUGAGGAGACAGUGAUGGAAGCUGUGAGGGUUCAGCUGGACGAAGAAAAGUGUGAAUUCUUCUCGGAGCUGGUUGGAUUGCACCAAAAUCAAGAGGAGAUAUCGGAUCAUUUAAACGUUUUCCCGGCAGUUUCACCAACACAUGAGAGCUUUUAUUCUCCCGGCUGCAUCUCUCAGUAAUUAUCUGUGGUUUUUACCUGUUCGGUUGGAAUAUUUGGGCGUUUGGGAAUCAAAAUGACUCCUGACUGUUCGCCAUGAGUGGAAAAAAGCUGCUCCAGACCACUCAGUUAAUCAUCAGCGCUUAUUUGGGCAAAAAAAGCGCCAAAAAUUCUACAAAUUUGUCCACUUGGAGCCCCGAUAGUGGUCCGAAAUCUCAAUUAAGCGUCAUAAAAAUGAAUAAAUAUUGAAAUUUUAAUACAAAAACAGAAAGAAACGGCAGUAAUCUGAGCUGCUUUAACCCAUCUGUUGUCUUCAUUUAGAAAAAUCCCUAAAUUCAGCAAAAAAUUCCCCAAAUUUUGGAAAAUAUGUAAAAAAUUCCAAUAAUUCCUUACGUUUACCUGAAAAGUUUUAUUUGAAAAAUCCCCCAAAUUUGGUAAGAAAAUUCUUGUAAAUAUUUUCAAAAAAUUAUUAUUAUUAUCCUAAAAAUAUCUAAAGUGAUUACAUAUAUACACAUGGACAAAAUUGUUUGUACCCCUUGGUUAAUGAAAUAAAAACCCACAAUGGUCAUAGAAAUAAUUUGAAUCUGACAAAAGUAAUAAUACAUAAAAAUUCUGUGAAAAUUAACCAAUGAAAAUCAGAUAUUGCUUUUGAACUGUGGUUUAACAGAAUUAUUGUAAAAAAAUAAACUCAUGAAACAGGCCUGGAUAAAAAUGAUGGUACCCUUAACUUAAUAUUUUGUUGCACAACCUUUUGAGGCAAUCACUGCAAUCCAACCAUUAGUGUAACUGUCAGUGAGACUUCUGCACCUCUCAGCAGGUAUUCUGGUCCACUCCUCAUCAGCAGACUGCUCCAGUUGUCUCAGGUUUGAAGGUUCCUUCUCCAGACGCCAUGUUUCAGCUCCUUCCACAGAUGUUCAAUAGGAUUUAGAUCAGGGCUCAUAGAGGCCACUUCAGAAUAGUCCAAUGUUUUCCUCUUAGCCAUUCUUGGCUGUUUCUAGUUGUGUGUUUUGGCUCAUUAUCCUGUUGCAAGACCCAUGACCUGCGACUGAGACCAAGCUUUCUGACACUGGGCAGCACAUUUCUCUCUAGAAUACCUUGAUAGUCAUGAGAUUUCAUUGUACCUGCACAGAUUCCAGACACCCUGUACCAGAUGCAGCAAAGCAGCCCCAGAACAUAACAGAAGCUCCUCCAUGUUUCACAGUAGGGACAGUGGACAGGACCUUGGAGUUCACCUUUAAUGUCUUUAGAGCUUGUUCUGGGCUCUUUUGUUAUCAUCCCUAUUAUCCGUCUCUUCCAUUUGUCAUCAAUGUUCCUCCUGUGGCCACAUCCAGGGAGGUUGGCUACAGUCCCAUGGAUCUUAAAUUUCUGAAUAAUAUGUACAACUGUAGUCACAGGAACAUCAAGCUGCUUGGAGAUGGUCUUAUAGCCUUUACCUUUAACAUGCUGGUCUAUAAUUUUCUUUCUAAUCUCCUGAGACAACUCUCUCCUUGGCUUCCUCUGGUCCAUGUUUAGUGUGGUACACACCAUGUCACCAAACAGCACAGUGACUACUGUAACCCUAUAAAUAGGCCGACUGACUGAUUACAAGUUUGUAGACACCUGUGAUGCUAAUUAGAGGACACACCUUGAUUGAACAUGUCCCUAUGGUCACAUUAUUUUCAGUCUUUUCUAGGGUACCAUCAUUUUUGUCCAGGCCUGUUUCAUGAGUUUAUUUUUUUAAAUUAUUCUGCUGUUCAAAAGCAAUGUCUGAUUUUCAUUGGUUAAUUUUCAUAGAAUUGUAAUUUAUUAUUACUUUUGUCAGAUUGAAAUGAUUUCUGUGACCAUUGUGGGUUUUUCUUUCAUUAACCGAGGGGUACCAACAAUUUUGUCUAUGUGUGUAUAUCAGUAAAACUUGCAAUAUUUUCUUAAGUACAUUCACCAAAAAAAAAUCUACCAAAAUCCAGCGAAAUUCGCUGAAUUUUGGCAGAUUUUUUUGCCAGUUUUCUUAAGAAACAUUACUUUUUUCCACAAAAAAAUGUUCAAACAUUUCCCCAAAAUGUUGAACAUGUGGACAUCAGAAGUUUCACUGUGAAAAUAUGAUUUUUUUUCCACAUUUUCAAACUUUAAACGGGUCAAUUUGACCCGCAGGACGACAUGAGGGUUAAGGAUGUUCAGUCCAUGUCGGCCACCAGGGGGCAGCAACGAGCCUCUUCUACGCUUCAGAACAAACCAGUCGGAGCCACAAAACGAGACGUUUCCAGGAAAACGCAUCGGUUCGGGCUGGUUUUGAGACAUUUCCAAACUGGGAUUACUGGACUGAUCGAUGCAGAAGUUAAAGAUCCAGCGACUCAAACACCUGAUUUCUGCUACAAACGCUCAGAAGGAUAAAAUAUAUAGUUUCUUUUUUUUUUUAUUCUUAUUAUUAUCAUCGCUGUUUUUUUGUCCUUUUGAGAAUGCGUCUGGACUCGGUUCAUUUCAACUCUUUGCUGUUUCUCCCAGUGAGGGAGACUUGCUUUGCAGACAGGGUAUAAAGAUGAUUUUAAAGAAAAACAGAUCAGAAGCGCACAACAAAAUGACUUCCUACUAAGAGUGAUUCAGUGAAAACAGCUGCUUGUUUAUAUAUUUUAAAAGCUUUGUCACUGAGCCAGCUUCCUUUCUCCUCUAUAUUUCUUUUCUUUCAUACUUCUUCUGUCUUGUUGCUUUUUUUUGUUGUUGGGCGACAAAAUUCAGAUGGUGCCUUAAACUAAAACUGAUUGUACAACAUUCGAUAUUUGAUAGAAACCAAAGACAGUUUUUGAGCGUUUUUUUUUUUUUUUUUUUGCACUAGUCCUUUAAAAUGUUUGUCUUGCCAAAGCAGAAUGUGAUUCCUUUAACUCCAAAUUAGCACAAAUUCAGACUUAGAGAGUUUAAAUCAGGAGUGUCAAACUCAUUUUAGUUCAGGUUAGUUCCACAUUCAGCCCAAUUUGAUCUCCAGUGACCAGUAAAAUCACAGCAUGAUAACCUAGAAAUAAUCCAAAUAUGUCCUUUGUUUUAGUGCAAAAAAGUCCAUUCUGAAAAUGUUCACAUUUAAUUAAGUAUCUUUUUACAAAACAUAAACAACAUGAAAUUUCUUAAGAAUAAUAAAUGCUAUUUAAACAACAUUACGCCUCAGUUUAUCAUUUACACAUUACAACUUCCAGAUCGCAGUGUCAACAAAGGAACACAACAUUUAGUCAUCUGGAACUGAACGAUGUAGUAUUUUACUUUAUGAUCAAAACGAGACAAAGUCAGACAAAAAAGGCAGAAAAACAACAAAAACAAGACAAAAUAUUACAAAAAUGAGACACAAAAUUACAAAUAUUAGACAAAUGACACGAAACAUUACAAAAAAAAGACACAAAAAUUUGAUAAAAACAGUCACAAAGUGACAAAAAAUGGUCAAAAACAAGACAGAAAAAUUACACAAAUGAGACAAAAAGAAACAAGGGUCCGGAAUGGACCCUCUGGAGGGCCGGUUUUGGCCCACAGGCCGCAUGUUUGACACCCCUGGGUUAAAUCAACUCAUUUUUUACAGAUAAAUGACAUAAAAUAGUUGAGCACUGCCUCAGAUUUCCUGUUUUUUGUGUGAAGAAGCUAAAAAUGAAAACCGAUGAGAUUCCACGUUUUCCACAGCAGCCUUCCGUCCUCUCCUCUCUCCUGUUUCUCCUUUAUUCUCGCUCAGAGCAUCAUCCAGCCGUCCGGCAGCAGAAGUAAAACAGUCAAAGGCAGCUAUUGUACAUUUUAAAUGAGGAAAAAAAUGGAAAACUUCAAGUGCCUUUAAAUUGACCUCUUUUUGUUUAAAUAAAACAACAGGAUCGGUGGAAAAGAAACGCUGCGAGAGAAGCCUCGACCCGUACUGAGCCGUGAAAUCUGACGUUUGGACUUUUUUCUAAACAAGCAGCUCGAAUACUUGAUUUAAAAACCAAAAAACUAGUCUGGGGUGUUACAUUCUCCAGGAUACCAAAGGGACGACACAGAACCUGCUGUUCAUUUUCAGGAUUUUUUUACGAAAACCGAACCAAAUUUCUGCAAAUAAAAAAAGCCAGAAACAGAACAGAAUGAUUGUAGUCGCCUCUUAAACUUUCACUAACAGACAGAAAUAAACUCUGGCUGGCAGAUAUUGUUUACGUCAACAUCCAAAGUGGCUGAAAUCACCAAAAAAUAGAGAAAAUGCCAAAUAUUCUCCACUCACAGGCUCUCAAAUGAAUGGAUUUGCUGUUCAAGUGAAUAUUUUAGGGUCUCACAUUAAAAUUUGCAACAAAAAAUGUCUCAUAUGACGUAAACGUGACAUCAUGAACUCUGCUUUUAUGUGAAUUUCGUGGCGUUUCUCCAUUUUUUUUUUUUUCUGGCUUAUUUGGACUCAAAUUGUAAAGAAAUAGACCCAGAUGUGUUAGAAAGUUCCCAAAAAUCAGCUUCAUUUGCAGCUUGGAUGUUGAUGAGAACGAUAUGUGCAUAAGUUGGAAUCUGACUGAGGCAUUCUGGGAAACGUGGUAAAACCACUAACAGUGUUUUACAAAAGCUUUGGCUCAGUUUUUACAGCAACACAGUCAAACAUCGCUUCAUUAAACCUCGUCUGCAGCAGGAAUUCAUAAAUAUUUUAAUGAAAAAGACUGAGAAUUCCUUCAGAAAGUGUUCUGUGUUACUGUAAAUAUAGUUUGUUCUACAUUUACAGGACGAAACGAUGGCGGUGAGACUUGAUUUUGUAUGUGUUGACCACAGAGAUCAUAUUUUUAUUCAAGAAACACGGUAAAAUAUGUAAAUACUACUGUGCUGGAAGCCUGUAAUUCACAUUUUUACAGCUGAGAAAUGGAGUGUGACAGUGAGAGGUUAGAUUUGAGCAGAUCUACAUCCUGAAAACUGAGCCGAAGCAGCUGUAAAAUAAUGUAAAAAUGUGCUCACAGUUCCCUGAACUCAGCAGGAAUCGUCCCUCAGUACAAACCAAAGCGUUGCAGCAGCAUCUUCUCCUCUUCUAAACCUUUUCUUCACUAAGUAUUCUCCAUAUAGGAAUAUAAAUAUCUUUUUUUUUGUUGCUUGCUUCCACAUUUUGAAAACAUUAUACUUUUUGAUUCGACUCCAGAAUGCAGUAUCUUUGUGUAACUGUAUAUAAAUAUAUAUAUUUGUCUUUUUUUCAUAUAUUGUGUAUUUUAAUAUCGUAUUGCCUUAACCUGACUCACCAUUUUUUGUACAUUUUCUGCACAGCAUAAACAUACGUAACCUCCUGCUUUGUUUUUUUUGUGUAACUUUGCAUCUUAUUAAAUGUUGUGGAUUUAUUUGCUUUUAUUAUUUUGUGUUUGAGUCGGUCUUUACAUGCUCACUAUAUUAAAGGUGAUCCAAUCGCUG